AUGUUGCCUUUGGAAAAGAAGUUAAGAAUAAGAAACACGUUAGUAAAAGUUAUCGAAAAUUACUUACGAGAAGAAAUAAAACCUUGUUAUGAACAUUAUCAAGAAGAAAAACUUACGUUAUUGCAAACGUUGAACACUACCAUAGAGAGCAAACUUGGAAAAUUUUUAAGUAUUACGGAAGAGAUUUCCGAAAUUAUUGAAGAGGAAGAUCAAUUAAUAAAAGAUGCUCAAGAAAGUAGUGACUUUGAAGUACGGGUAAGAAAUGAACUGCUAAUACUUGAUCGUUUCCUAAAAUCAAAACAAGAUAGAAGUGACACAGUCAGUACGAGGUCAGUUAGUGCUUCAAGCUCUAUUAAACUGCCAAAAAUUGAAAUAAAAAAAUUUGAUGGCGAUCCAACUAAUUGGUUUUCAUUUAUUGAUUCUUUUGAAGCUGCAGUUGACAAAAACGAUCACUUGUCUAAUGUUGAAAAAAUGAAUUAUUUGUUAGGAUUUGUUGUUAAAGAUGCUGCAUCUACGAUAAGCGGUUUAAAACUGAGUAAUGAUAAUUAUGAGAUUGCUUUAAAUUUGUUAAAAGAUCGCUUCGGAGAUCCGCAAAUGAUAAUUUCAGGACAUAUGAAUAAACUAUUAAAUUUGGAGCCUGUCAUGGCUAUUUCUGACGUUCGUAAUUUACGCCAAUUGUUCUAUAUAACUGAGGCGCAAGUGCGUAGUUUACAAUCUUUAGGAGUUGAAUCUCAAAACUUUGGCUCAAUGCUUAUACCUGUGUUAUUGCAAAAACUACCAGGAGAAUUACGUCUGAUUAUUAGUCGCCAACUUGGAAAAAACGCAUGGAAAGUAAGCGAGGUUAUGCAAGCUUUUAAAACUGAAUUAGAAGCGCGAGAAAAAGUUUCAACCGGUCAGGAGGAAAGCCCUUGUUUUUCUGGUGCUUCCCUUUAUGUUGGAAAUCGACGGAAUUUCGAUGCGAAAGAAAGAAAAUGUGCUUUUUGUGAAAACCCAGGGCACAAACCGCAAUUUUGCUCUAUUGUUUCCAAACCGACUGCGCGCUCUUCCAUUUUAAAAAGGAAAGGAUUAUGCUUUUUAUGUCUACAGUCAGGUCAUGUAGCAAGACACUGCACAGUUAGAUGGAAAUGUUUUAAAUGUAAGGGACGUCAUCAUGUGUCUAUUUGCAAUAAGGGUAAUCGAGACCAGGAUAGCAAUGAUCAGAAUGAAGGUGAGGGAACUUCAAAUAACGUGGCGAAUACUGAAUGUGAUUUUAACGCAGUUUUGUUACAAACUGCGUCUGCGGAAAUUUUUUCUGAUGAUAAAAACUGUCACAGGUUUAGAAUUUUGUUUGAUAGUGGCAGUCAAAUGUCAUACAUUUCUCCGCAAGCGGCGGAAAAAUUGAAAUUGAAAACAAUCGACAAAAAACAAAUGUGUCUUAAAACGUUUGGAGGAGCUAAACAAAACAAAACUUUGGACAUGGUUAGAUUUACCGUUAAAACGAAAAAUGACGAAGAAAAUAUUACGGUAAACGCGUUCGUAUCCGAAAUAUGCUAUCCUUUGACAAACCAAAACAUCGAGGGUGCAAAAUCUAACUACCCUUUUCUGUGUCGUCUCGAUUUAGCAGACAGUAAUCCAAAAAAUCAACCAUUAAGUGUGGAUAUUUUGAUUGGCGGGGAUUAUUAUUGGUCCUUUAUGAAAAACGACAUGAAACGUAGCACCAAAGGUGGGCCCACAGCAAUUUCAUCAAAACUGGGAUAUAUUUUAAGUGGCGGAGUCAUGGGUACUAAAUUGGAUACUUCAGUGAACAUUGUUAAUACUCAUGUUUUAAAAGUGCAAAAUGAGUUGAGUGAAAAUAAAACACUUGAAGACUUGGUUCAGGGAUUUUGGAACAUCGAGACUAUGGGAAUUAAAAAAUCAGAAGAAAACGAGAUUUCGGAUCAUGGUAUUGAAGCAGGUGUGACAUUUAAAAAAGAUCGUUAUGAGGUCAAGCUACCCAUAAAAGAUCACGAUCUGCUUGAAGAUAACUAUGAUCUUUCAAAACAAAGAUUAAAAAACAUGAUUAAAAUUUUCAAAAACAAAAGCGAAUUGUUGAAACAAUACGAUAACAUUUUUCGAGAACAAGAAAGUUGUCAAAUAAUUGAAAAGGCACCAGAUGAACACGUUGUAGGACACACCCAUUUUGUGCCGCAUAAGCCAGUGAUACGGGAAGAGAAAGCAACUACGAAGGUGCGCAUGGUUUUUGAUGGGAGUGCAAAAAAGAAUGGUCCUUCUUUAAACGAUUGUAUGGAACCUGGUCCCUUCAUAGCCACGCCUUUGUUCGAUGUUUUAGCCAGAUUUCGAGUCAACAACAUAGCUUUUAUUGCUGAUAUAGAAAAGGCUUUUCUAAAAAUGUCCUUGUUUCCAGGCCAUCGAGGCUAUGUAAGAUUUUUGUGGUUUAACAACAUUGAUACUAUAGACUUUGACAAUUUUGAAAUACAACGAAACGCAACGUAUUAG